AGUUCUAAUGCGCUGGCCACAUGUCGCCCUGGCCAUCAGACCUUCGCGACCAUCCCAUGGCUCACGAGCCAGCCCUAACACCUGCACCACGCCUCCAAUUCCCUCACCAGACCAGGCCUGCGCUCUGAUUUGCUGGUCCCCAUUCGAAGUGCCCCUCAAUGUGCUCUCGCUGGCGUCACUGUCAAGAAUCUGCCUUGAACUGACUCUACUCUACUACCCCAGAUCGUUUCGGAGCUGCCGACGCUCUGCCACGCGUACACUCCUGCGGCAGUGCUUCCCAUUCACCGAGAAUAGAUCUACGGUCGAUGAUUGCAAGCCACUUUUCGUCAGCACAGCAUUCUUCCCGGUCAUCGCCUCCUCCUUUUACUGAAUCACCUGAGUAUCUGGUGUCCGCCAGAUCCUACGAAGGUUUCGCUCUUUGUCAGGAUUCAAGAGUUCUGUGAGAAGGAAGAGGAGGGCUCAAGGCAGGCUACACUUUUCCGUACAGCAACCUCAUACGAACGGAAAAAUCCAAGCUCAGGUGGAAGCGCGGCGACACCGGGGGAUGGAGCAGUCAGAGCGAGGCUGGCCAAGUCAGCUACGCAUAUGAUUACCCAUCAGAUUUUGGGGACGCCUGGUCCGGAAAACCCUCGAUUUCCGUACUCGGCAAACAAUCCCUGAUUUGGAGACUCACAGUACUGAACUUACGUGUCGGCAUCUGGGCAUGGCACGGGUGACGCAUUAGCCAGCUGGAAUGGUCCAGGGGGAAGCUGUCUGAACCAGCUUCGAGUGGGUCGCGCCGGAGCAAACGCGCUUUCUUGCCAGCUAAGAUGAUCCAGGGGAUGUUCAAGGGGUCUCUGAUGCCCAGUUGUCCCUCUGCGCUACACAGCAUGACGUCUCAUGGCCCGCUUGGGCGGCCCUCAGAUGCUUUGUAGUUCGUAUGAAAGACGCUAGACACUAAUGUCCUGAUACGAAGCAGAUUCUCGAAAUGGUCUUCCUGUUGACCUAUCGGUAUUUCUAGCCCUCCCACCGAUCGAGACAUGGAUUCAAGUCGCGAACACGCAGGAGUGGGGCAUUACCAUGAAAAGGAUGGCACUGAGGUAGUGGAGCAGCAAAGAAGGAGGGCAGAUGUAGCUUAUAGAGUAGGUCCUGAGAGUCCGCAAUUUAAAAGGUGUACAGAUCCCCCCAAUGCGCCUCUUCAUGGUCUGUCCAUUUUGCAAUCUUCAUUCAGUAAUCGGAUUGAUCUCGGAAGUACUCUAUCCUAAACAUGGUUGCCUUUGCUUUUGUUCAUUACGAACCAAAACCAUCGAAUAGUGGCGUUCGGAAACCAUCCUCCAAACGCGGCCAGGAAUUGGCGAUUGACUCGAGCAGCGUACCAGUCGAAGCACUCCCGGCGUUGAAAGGAGCUGCAGGCGAGGAUAAAUGGUGUCAGAAGGUUGUUGGAGAUUGGGUGGCCACAAUCCAAGGUGCACAGACUUGUACGGAAGAUGUACUUGGAACUGAAGCCUUGAUAGCAGAGAGGGAUGGGUUCGGGAACGAGAUCGAUUACAAAUUUCCAUCUUCGUCACAGUUACUGUCUUCAACAAACUACAAGCUUGAAUCGGCAGAAGAGCGACCGGCUGUGGAGGGCACUGUAGGGCAAGGUAAUAAUCAAGAUCUAGAUGCUAUUCUUCUUGGAUCUCGUGUAUCUCGAGCUGCUGAUGCCCACAAUGACACAAUAAUAUCACAUUCCGAUAAAGAGUCGGAAGAGGAUAACAAUCUCGAUCCCGGACAUGCUCGUUGCAUUGGGGAAGGGGGACAACCAGGCUGUGAUACCUGUGAUAUGGAAUACCCACCCAACAUCUCCAUUCGUGCGACCUACGAGGAUGGGGAUGGUGGUAUCGGCAACGAUAAAAGUAUGUCUCACCAGACUAUGAAACGACAGAGGUCCAACUCUCCUCCCUCCACCUCCACCCCAGUUGACUCUAUCACGUCGAUACUUCCUCGUGAUGAAGAUGAGGAAGGCAGCAGGGAACUCGUCAGCAAUUCUAGCAAGUCAAGACCCAUCGGGAUCUGCUCUAAACGGCGGAAGGUUUCCACUCCGCAAGGCCAUUGGAAAGUCUCUCGUGGCAGCCCAUCGCCGUCAUAUCCGCCGGUGUCAGACGAUAACCAGGAUAGUGAAGCGGAUCACGGGACGUUCAGCAUUCCUCUCGACGCCAGACAUACGAGCUCUUCCAGAAGCACCCCCGCUUUAGAAGCCACUUCCCUAGCAGAAGUCGAAGUCUGCCCAAUGCUUACCGAUGUCGACCCGGACUGGGACGUCCGUGAGAUUAUUGGUAAAGAGGACCUUGAUGGCGUUUCGUAUUACUUGGUGGAUUGGCACCCAACAUUACUUCCUGUGCACUCGCUGGGUCAUGCAAAGGAGUUGGUGGAUGAAUUCGAGGCCCGUAUUCGAGCACAACGUGGGUUCACGCGAGGCGGCCUAGGAUCGAUUACUAGACAGAAAGCUGGUGUGAAAGGUACAGGGAAGAAAGCUCGAGGUCGGCCCCGGAAGCGUACGUAGCAGAGAAGGAUCGUUCCGCACAUCUUUGGCAGGUGGGUGUCUCAGUAAAUGCAAUUGAUUUAGUUAAAACCCUUUAAUCAUUUAACAAAUCUCAUAUCUGUUUGCUUCAGAUACAGCCGCGAAGUGCUGUCCCUGGUCGCAGUUGAUAGGUCUGGCAACUUGACGGAGGUCCUUAAGGUAGUAGAUAGAUGUUCUACUCGGUGUGAGAGAGAUAGUGCGUUCUGGGAUAUCACUCUGUUCAAUUAAGAGCCAACCCUUCCUGGGCGACCAGGGACAACACUUAAAUGCUGUACUCCCAUACUUGUACCUGAUUGGAGGACUGGAGACGCGCCCUUUCUCGCAAAUCUCCGCCUUCAAUUGAACCCCAGCAAAAAGUGCAUCGAAAAAUAAAUUCCUGAGCUCGGAUGAGAACUGUUGACAGCAUAUGUUCCUUUUUCGCGCUACCUGUGCAUUCCAACUUCACGUAUCAAAUCCAGCGUUCAGCUUUUCGAGCCUUCUUGCGAGAAGGCUGCGACAGCCAUGUUCCAGCCUUCCAACCACCAUUCCGCCACACUUUAACACCAGAACAGCGUUGUUGAAGC